AUGUACCGUAAUGAGUAUAGUGUGAAAUAUCAACAGAAUGCACACAGAGAAGUAUCACGACGGAAGGAUAUUAUGGUGGGUCUCUAUUCAGUUUGUAGCGCCGAUUCGCUAUCUCAUACGGAUAAUGAACCUAUGAAAUCUGAAAUAAAAUCAUCUGAUAGUCUUAAUUCUUGGGCUAGUUUAUUGGGUCCAGCACUACAUUGUCUAUCCUGUUCUCUACGGAUUCAAAUGACAGAAAAGACUGUAGUAUAUCGAUUAAAAACAACAUAUCGUGUAGAAAAUGACUCUCAGAGUCAUUUUUCACUUUUUUUCCCUAUUAGCGAAUGCUCUGAUGUUGUUACAUCACUUUCAGCUAAGAUAAACGGCAAAAUAGUUAUGGGAGAACUGGUUUGGCUUACCAGUGACCCGUUAGAGAAACCGAUGCAGUUUAUAUCAGCAACCAAUACAACUCCUGAUACCCCGUUAGAUAAUAUAGAUAAAAAUCCAUCUAGUGUCUACAGCAUUACACGUGAUGCAUCGGGUGUACUUGAUGGCAGAAAAGCAGAAGUAGGGGUAGAUGUUAUUGUAGAAAUUCAAUGGAUUACGAAAGAGAUAACAUGGAAUGGACCCCAUUCAUUACAAGUUUCUUAUCCAUUUGCAUGUGCACCUCGCUUGCCCGAUGAAAUUAUUUGCCGUGGAGUAUUCUCCUCACCUGUUAAAAUGGUAGACAGUCCUAAUUUUCGUGGUGUUGUUGCUCACGUGUUAACUUGGAAAAUGCGUGGUAACAGAUGCAAAGUCUCUUUAAAAAAAGAAAAUAAUGGUAUUCUCCAACGAUCUAAAGAGGAUUUUUUUACCCUUACCUUUUAUUUUCAAAAUGCUUUUGAUGGGGAUCAUGGUAUUGGUACUUUUGGACCAGUCACUAUUAUACUUUUCGUUGGUAUUCUACUAUGGCUUCUGUUAACUAAAGAUUUGAUUCAGUGA